AUGUCAAAUCCAUUUUUAAUUCUAUCUGAUUCAUCAUCAACUUCAACAAAUCCAUAUUCAACAGCAUCUUCAAAAGUAGUUUCAAUCGAUAAUGAUUCUUCUUCUUCGACUACAAAUAUUUAUAAAGAUAUUCUUGAAGAUGUUCUUCUAUGUACCAUCGAUGAACAACCAUCAUCAUCACUUAUCUAUUUAGCUGAAUUAGCUAUGGAAUUACCUGAAAAUUUCGAUAAGAAUUUUAUUGAUCAAGCUUUAUUUGAACGUCUUCAUAUGAUAGAUCCAUCAAGUCAAUUAUUAACAUCAACAAUAAAAAAAUCAACAAUAAGAAAUGAUAUAAAUAUGAUUACUGAAAAUCGUUGUAUACAUUAUUUAGUUGGAUGUUAUCAAAGAUUAUUACGACAACGUAAUCAUUUUAAAUUAGUAUUCGAAGAUAUUAGAAAAUUAUUUAUUGAUCAUACAAAAACAGCAAUUAGUUUACCAGAUCUAUAUGAUGGUCAAGAUUUAUCUAAACAAUGGUUAGAAUUAUUAAUUGAUGGUCAAGAAAAUCCACUUUUAUAUGAGUAUAUUGAUUGUAUUAAUAAUGAUUUUUUAUCAGAAAUAACCGAUGAAAUUGAAAAUCUUUAUAAUUCUGUCUUUCGUUAUAUAUAUAAAAUGAUUCAACCACUUGAUUAUUUUUCUACUGAACUUAUUACAUAUAUUGGAGUAUUAAAAUAUCUAGCAAAAUGGCCAGCACUUGUUCGAAUUAUCUUUCGAUUAUCUCAUCCAAAAACAACAUCUAAUCGUUCUAUACAACAUCCUUUUGGACAAUCAGGUGGUGGUCGAGCAUUUGAAGAUACAUUAAUUGGUAGUCUUCUUUCAAAAUCAUGUUUACCUUCAUUACCUGGAAAACCUUAUUUAUUCUUUGAAAAACCAAAAGUAAUGACCGAACAUGAUGUUGAUUUAACAUCUAAAACAAUGUGGCAACCAAUGCGAACAUAUCAACAAAAUUUAUCUGAUUUAUUUUUGGCUUUUGUUAAAAAUGGUGAUGUACGUAAUGAUAUAUUAAAAUGGAUUGGUGAUUGUUUAGUUGAAAAUCGAGGAAAAAAUAAAGAAUGGUCUUCACAUAAUCCUUUAACUGCAUAUUUAUAUGUUAGUGAUGGAUUUUUAUUGAAUUUAAAUUUUAUUUUACUUAAUUUUGCACGACCCUUUUCGGAACCUUAUUCACCAAAAUUAUUAAAAAUUAAUCCUAUUUAUGCAAUUAGUCAAAAUGAAAAUGUUCAUUUAAAAGAUCUUUAUAAAGAUACACCUAUGAUUGUUCGUGAUGAAGAAAAUAUCGAUGAAAAAAAUAAUACAAUAACAUUUAAUUUUAUAACAGAAAUUUUUUUUAUGUCACAUCUUAGUUAUUCUUGUUCAGUACAAAGACUUCAUCGAAAAUUAUUAAAAAUUAAUGAAGAAUUAUCACAUGUACAACAUGCAUAUAAUGAUGCAACUAGAUUACAUGGAGCUAAUGAUGAAAAUGUACAAAGAUUAGAAGAAGCAAUGGAAAAAGGUAAAAAUACAAACACUUUUUCUUUUCGGUAGAUUCGCAUCUUUAAAUUAAAAAUAAGAGAAUACGCGGUUUUGUACGACAAAAAAAAGUACAUUGAAGCAAACAUACGACAGAUAUUUACAUUAUGAGUUAGUUCACUAUUGAAAAUGUUUAAUAUGUAUGUAGUUAAUCUGACUCAGAUUUUCUAUAUAAUUCUACUUCAUUAAGUAAGUGAAAGAACUAUUCAAACAGAUCAGUUUAGAUAAGGAAACAAAUCCAUAUCCAAUUAUAUCUAUAUGAAUUUUGAAUACUUAGGAUGAUGUUUUAAAUGACAUUAUCUCUUUAUAAAUAGAAAAAAAAACAUGAUGAUUCGGAUGUGGGUACGAAGGAUAGUAACACACGUACUCUACCGGGUGUUAAAUAAUCUUUGCCUUCCUCUCUACAACUUAAAGUAUCGAUAAUAUCACAAAUGUAUUUUAUACCAAAUUAAGGUGCGUCAAAAACUGAAUGGUAAAGGUUAUGAAGACCUUUUACUAUCGAAUUUAAGAGAUUUUCUGAAAUUUGAUACUUUUUUGGUGUAAAAAAGUAA